ACUUUAAUGUCACAUAGAGAUCUCUGACACAAACACAUCGCUUGUGUUUUAUUUUUUCAGUCAUCGAUUGAAGUAGUUAUGACCCAGCCUUGCGUUAACCCGAAGAACAAUGUAGUUAUCGUACAAUUACACAUCAACUUUCUCGGAAUUCUGUGACGAACGUGAGAGAUACACGUGACUGCCAAAAAUAAAACGUCCACCUGAAAUGACGUUUUACCUUGUUUGUACUGCGGGGGUGAUAGUGAACAGCAUUUGGUCCCAUGUGCGCUUUUUUACGCACUUUAAUAUCUUCGUAUUUCAUCCAUAAUCUAUAAUUUACCUCAAGUAUUAACCAUGUUGUGAAAUGUAUUCGCGAGACGUACUCUUGACAUUUGAAGGGUUAGCUUCCGAACCACCCCCUAAAAGCACAGUGGUAUCGUCCACAAAGCCCGGAAGCUUCAUCCACACACUCUGGUGCAGCAGAAGCCGGUGAAGAAAAGUGGUUGUCUGCUGAAGUUUUACUGAAACAAGAAACAUCUGACAACUCUGACAGAACAAAUAGAUGAUCUGAACACGUUUUCUGUUUGGACGUUUGGGUGGGUUCUCUUUUUGUUUGUUUUUUGCAUUUGGCUUAUUUGAAGACUUUGGACCACCGCUCCCCAUUCCCCCAUCGGUUCUAGAAGAUUUGAAUGGAAAAGGCAGUUACAAGUGCACAAGUAUUUGUAUGUAGCCCAGCUAGCUGUGAAGCCCAUUGAAGGUUCAGUGAUGCCUGUGAAGAAGAAAAGAAAGCUCCCUGAUCCUGAUGAUCAUCAGCAAAAGUGUAAAAUCACAAGCUUCACCCAACAUCCCAUCUGCGCCAAAAAGCCCUUCUCCAGCAAAAAGUGCCUGGCUUGGUUCCACCAGUACGCAGGCCGGGACGAGGUGGUCGGCCCCGAGGGCAUGGAGAGGUUUUGCGAAGACCUUUGCGUGGCCCCCGAGAACGUCAUCAUGCUGGUGUUGGCCUGGCAUCUGGAAGCUGCCAACAUGGGCUUCUUCACCAAAGAUGAGUGGCUCAGGGGAAUGGCGUCCUUACAGUGUGACUGCACAGAGAGGUUGCAAAGCAAACUGGAUGACCUGCAGAGUGAGCUCAACGACUCGGGCCUCUUCAAAAACAUCUACAGAUAUUCUUUUGACUUCGCCAGGGAUAAAGACCAGAGGAAUUUGGACAUGGACACUGCAAAAUCCAUGCUGGCCUUGUUGCUAGGCAGAUCUUGGCCUCUCUUCCCUGUCUUCCUCCAGUUCCUUGAACAGUCCAAAUACAAAGGUGUGAACAAGGAUCAAUGGUACAACGUGUUGGAGUUCAGCAGAAGCAUCCGCACCGACCUCACCAACUACGAUGAAGACGGAGCUUGGCCAGUGCUUCUGGAUGAGUUUGUGGAAUGGCACAAAGCUUGCUCUGCAUUGUAGCAGACUUGAAUGCAACAGCGACUAAGAAAACGGAGGCACUGAUGGACGAUUGUUUUCUCUCACACACACAAACACACAAAGAUGGACUUGUUGUGCAACAAAGUUCUUACAAUUAGGGAUGCCUUUUUUUGAUUGAUUGAUGGUCCCUCAUUUUGUUUAUAGAUAUUCACAAUAAUAAAAAUGAAAUUUG